CUGCAGUGUUGUGAUUGUUCCAACAUCUGUCUCAUACGCAUAUACAUAUGUUUAUUUAAUAAGUAUGCAUCAUUCUAUAAUGUAAUGUGUCCAAAACCCCCAAAAUUUCGUAAUUUUUUCGACUUUUUCCGGUGUGAAUCUGUCUCCGCGGUGGGGGUAAUUGAACGCGACCCUUGACACGGGCUACGUUCACGCAAGUCAAGUGUCAACGCUCCGUUCUAAAUAUACCUGUCAAAGUUUGUUGUUAUUUAUUUAUUUUUUCACUCGUCCCAACAUGGACUUUGUGAUAUCGGACGUAGCGACUGUCGAACAAGACGACGACGACGAGCCCCUCUUCGAGGUGACAAAAGUAGUGACAGUAGUGAAAGAAAAGCGGCCCUACCAACACCAGACCCGAGAGGUUAGGCCUACAAAGUACAUAAAAAUAUGCUUCGUGCCGCUGUGCCCCAACACCUCGAAGUCCACCCCCGAAAAGAUGUUCAUCACGAUACCCGUGAACCCCGCGCGGCGAAAACUGUGGUUGGACGCCGUCGGAAAGAGCGCCGUGGGGAGGAACCCCAAGUCUCCGAUGUUCUGUUGCCAGGACCACUUCAACCUGAAGAAGGACAUGAAGAACUUCGAGGAGCACCUCAGACGGGGCAAAGUGCAAAUGUUGCUGUACCAGACCGUGGUGCCGCACAUCUUCAUCUGUAACAAAUACGGGCACUUGAAGAGGAACGAGCGAAUAGACGUGCUGCGGAAAUUACACGAAGAGAGAGAUCUGAAAAUGUCGCAGGAGCCUGAUGAAGAGCAGGAGGAGGAGGUCACCCUUAUCUCGAAACUAACGCCGCGCCAAAGAUCCCUGGAAGCAGCUAAACAGAAACAAGUGGAAGAAGUAUUGCCCAACAAGACAGUAUUUAUCGAGAUGCCUGCUUUCGAAUACGAAGAUCAACCCGAAUACGUCGAGAUCAAAGAGGAUGGGGUUGACACCAUCGUUAUCGAUGAUUCUGAUUGAGUACUAACACACCUCAUUAUGCGUAUUUAUUUAUUAAAUAAUAUAGUUAAAUCUCAGUUAUCUAUAUAUAUGCAAUUUAAUAAUAUUGACUCAUAAAUAAAAGUAUAAUUUUA